UUGGCGUUCAGUUUGCCUCGGGUCGCCGCCGUGUUUGGAUCGCUCUCGCCAACGGACGCGCAAGGGAUACACGCUCCGCGGAAGGGGAGCAUCAGAUACACGACGCACACAGUAAAAAAACGAGGGAACCGCAGCAUCCCAAGUGCAAUCUCUGGUUUCGAGUGGAAAAUAAGCAAAAGUGCACGUUCGAUGCAGUUCCGCAUUCGCGCAACAGAAGAAAGAGAAGUGCAUGUAUGCAAGAGAGUAAGACUUCAAAAAUAGCUUCGAACCAGUUUCGCCGACAAAUCAGCUGAGCUGUUGUGUUGUGUGUUGUUUUGCUGAGUCGUACAUGCACCCCGCACUGAAGGCGCCGCGGGUGAACGAGUUUGGACGUGGUUUUUUCGAUUAUUUUUCUUCUUUCGUUGUAUGCCUCACAAUCUGUGCUGCGUGUCGAGUUACUGUGUGCAUUCGAGGUGUAUCAUCUUCGAUAGCGGUAUAGCUGCUUGAAGCGAGAUAACGAGAGAAAGAAGCAAAAAGUGCAGUCGAAAAAAAAAUAAUAUUGAAAUCAACAACGCGGGAGAUAAACCUGAUGGUUCGACAUGCCCGCUUUGGCAAAAGGAUUUCAUACCGCGACGAGCAAAACAAAAUAAAUAAGUUUGUUGUGAGUGCAUAUGUUGUGAGAGUACCAGUUUUUUUUGUAACCUGGUUGUACUGAUGGUUCGGUGCUAUGGCUUGUGGCAUAAAAUUUGCUUUUGAGUUCGUGUUCUCGCUUGUACUAGAUGCACCAAACGCAUACGAUCACUGUAGAACCAGAGUAAGUGAGUGAGUACAGAGAAAACAAGAAGCAAGUGAAUAAAUAGAAGAAGAAGGAAACAAAAAAUUGUUUGUUGAUAGUUUUAUUAUCGUGAUUAUUGUGUCGUUGCCGUUGCUGUCGUCCCAGUUGUAAAUAGUUUCGUUCUGAUUAGGCUACUGUUAGUGUUGUUUGUGCCACACAUUCGAAUCACAUUUGGAAUAACACUACUCUGCUGUUAGCUGCACUGCUUUAGUUCACAUGAAAUAGGAAUGUAGUGAUCUACGUGUAAUCCUACAUAGAUGGUGUGCUUUGAAGACACUUUGCUAAAGCUGAUACAAAAAAAUAAGCUGAAAAACUUCUGGAACAAAACUACCUUACUCAGCUAACCUGUCCAGUUCGCCGAGCUGCCAGUAUUCGUAAGUCGUGAAAUCAAAUAAAAAACGAAAACUUUAAACGCCAAAAGGAAAAAGUUCAUCUGUUUCAUCCAUCUGUAACUUUCAAGCCGCUUGCCAAAAGUUGAACGAUAGUAUGAAAAGCUUAUAGAAAUAGCUGAGCUGGUUUUGCUAAGGCAGUACGAAAAAUACGGUUGAGUUUUCUUGCACAGAUUUUCUUGCUCAACUGUCGAGUAAGUGACAAGUGAUCCCAAAUCUGGUGGAAGUAAAAGCUUCUUGCUUGAGAAGACAAAUACCAUCGGAAACAGGCGUCUAAUCUAGUAGUGAAAUAAAUUGAUUCUGUUCCCCACUGAGCUACCAAAAGGAGCGAUGUACCGUGUCGCCAUUAAAUCGAACCUGGUGUGAACCCUCGAGCACGUGCAAUCACUCAGUGAGCUUAUUAUCUCACACUCGUCUACCGGAGGCAAACAAUCACACGCGGCGUGUCAAGUGUUUCUGAUAGACGGCCACCGACCCGGGACCCGGUAGAAAAGAAAAAAAAAUCAACCCACCGAUCGAAUAUAUAUGUAGCAUCCCUUGACACUAUCGGACAACCGAGAAUAACGCGACGGAUGGGAAACCAAUAAGCACUAGCCGUGAAGCACACCUGCCGCGAGCCACAAAGUAGGGGGCAGGGAGCAACAUCGAAUUGGCAGAUGGUUUUCGCAAGCGUUUUUGACGAUUCAGCAGCAGCAGCAGCAGCAGUAGCCGGGAGGAGUAGCAGCAACGAUAAAAAUAGAAGAAAAAACGUUGGGCGUCGGAAAAGAUAAACCAAUUUGUUUAAGUGGACGCUUUCAGCAUCAAUUUGUUUGCGAAAGCUUCAGUAGACGAUUGGCUAUUUUUACUUUUCGGAGAAGGUGAAAGCGGCCUAAUCGAAGAACUUUGAUCAAAGUCAUUCUUUAGAAAUAUAGGUAAUCACUACGUCCAUCCAUCUUCAUCAGAAUCAGAACUGCGGAGAGGAAGAGAACGAGAAAAAAUGUCAUCACGGUCGAAGGAUAAGGUGACGGCAGCAAUAAGAAAAUUCUUCAAAAGUCCUGACAAGAAGGAAAGGGGGCAAAAGGACAAGGACCAACAACAACAACAACAACAGCAGCAGCAGCAGCAACAACAACAACAGCAUGGUGCGAGUGGAGGCAGCACAGAUUAUCAGGUUGGGCCGGGAGCAGAUGGGCAUUCAAUGCUGCAUCCAACACAUCCGGCAACGUUGGCAGUGGCCGGCGCAAUUGUUCCUAGCGGUAGCAGCAGUAGUAGUAAUCACAAUAGUACCAGCAAAUCCAAUACCGACAGUCCCAUGCGGAGGUUGAGAUGCGUCGUCGCACCUAGCAACAAUAGCGUAGUUAAUGUACCAAAGCCACUAGACACCACUAUUCGAUCCAGACGACUAAUGAAGGAGCUUAAGGAAAUUGAACGGUUGCAGCAUUCACGGUCGGAUCCUUACUUCACGGUCGAACUGGUAAGUGACAACCUGUACGAAUGGCACGCUCGACUCUAUCGAGUGGAUCCGGAUUCACCACUGGCUGAAGACUUAGUCGAACUCAGCAUACCCUUCAUCCUGCUGCAUCUGGUAUUUCCGGACAACUUUCCAUUCGCACCACCCUUCAUGCGCGUCGUCGAGCCACGCAUCGAGAAGGGUUUUGUGAUGGAAGGCGGUGCAAUCUGUAUGGAGCUGCUGACACCACGAGGCUGGGCCAGUGCCUACACAGUCGAAGCAGUACUGAUGCAGUUUGCCGCCAGUCUGGUCAAGGGACAGGGUCGAGUCUCACGUAAGCCAAAAUCCACCAAGGAGUUUAGCAGAAGAACGGCUGAGGAAGCGUUCCGAUCGCUAGUCAAAACGCACGAAAAAUACGGGUGGGUGACGCCCGCACUGAAUGACGGUUAGAUUUUCGGUUAUCCGAUAUUGAACCAAUCUAAAACUCAACUGUAAACAGUAGAAGGCGAACUACGAUUAUAUUAAAACUUUAGGUAUCGAAUUCUCGCCAUUUCGAAUUGACGAUUGUUAUCACGAAGAUAAGAUUUUUUAAAAAGAACCUAUAGAUAUGGUAAAUGCUCAGAAAGAAUGAUCUCCUUGAAACGUUCCGACCUUAAAACAAUACACUCUCAAACAGUUCAAAAUUUUCAAACGGUCAUCGUGUCUAAAUUGUUCGAAAAGAACAGAACGUAACAACAGGUAAGAGCUAUGUGAGUUUGGUAUAAAAGUAUCUCAAAAGUUUGCGAAUCAAGCAGUCACACUGCAACAGAUCUAUUUUUCGCAUAGUUCUUAGCUAUUUACUAAUUAAUUAUAAUAGUAUAAUAGAUCCAACGAUGUCGAAAUAAAAACUAUAAAAUACAUGCAUGAGGAACGAUGAGAAACCUAUACAAAAUAGCUUGGCUGCCCAGUUGGUCUUAUAAAACUAGGACAUUUGAAUCGGACAAGAUUUGGACUAUGUUGUGUCACGUGGGUGGUUCAAGAUCCAGUAAACCAUACUCCAUGCACAGAUUGUCUGGUGCCGUAUAUUUUUAAGAACUAAGAUCACACAAAAUACAACUGACAAGUGUUUAAUGCAUUAGUGAAGAAUUCUCAUUACAAGAUUUGUUCCCGUCUGAUUUCUGCAACCUUGAAGCUUUGCUCUUAUUUUCUCUUAUGCUAGCAAAACAGCUCUAAUAGAUUUAAGUGGUAAAGUCCAAUUUUCAAACAGGGUUUAUUAACCUAUAUGUUAGUGCAUCAUACUCGGAGCUAUUAUUUGAACAAUGUGUUUUCGAGAAAUUCAAGAAUCAUUUCGUAACAUUCUAUAUUGUCAAUAACCGUAAACGCCGAAAAUGUGAUUUCUGUUUAGUCCAAUCGUCUUGGUUUAAGAACCGCUACAAUAUCAAAGUGUUCCCAGCACUUCUCUCCAGCAGUAUAUCUCAUUAGUUACAUGAAGUCUUGUGCAAUGCAGAUAAUGUGUAUGAAAAUAGUGUAGAAUAAAAGGGAACAAACGUUUCAAAAA